CACUAGCAAGCAAGCUCUGAGCCGCGACACAGGCCAUACUGAUACACCUGGCGCUUGUAAUCAUGAGUCGCGUCCUGCUCGUUGCCCUCGCCGCAGCGAACGCAUUUCUGGUACCACCACCGCGAGCCCUGAGGCCAAAACAGCACGCCACGCCAGACGCAGAUUUAGCAGCCCUCACGCGGGAGGAACUGGAGGAAGAGUGCGGAAGAUUGAGAAGAGAAAACGCCGCGCUGCGAAAACGAAUCGACGCGCCGACGCGCACGAGCUUUUCGUUGAAAACGGCGGCGCUCUGCGCGGGCUUCGCCUUCGAGUGUUAUAAUGAUCCGGCGGGCGCGCGCUGGGAGCGCGGCGCGGACGGCUGCGACGUCGCGUUCCGCUCGACCAGUUUCAUCCGGAGCUGCUACGCGGGGGCCGCGUUAGUGCGCGUCGCCCGCGCCACCGGUUUAAAGUCUCCGUCGACGGGCGGCCUGAAGCUCGAGGAGCUCGCCCUGUCGGGCGCGGGCGUCGACGCCUACUGUCGGUUGGCGGUCGUCGAGAAGGUUUCCAAGAGGUCGCAGCGAGCCCGAGCGUCGAACGCCACUGAUGUCGCUCGAACAGAGACGGUCUGGCGCGCGCCGGACCCCGUGGAGUGGCCCGCCGAGGACUACCACUGUUUGUACGUGGCGGACCCGAAGCGGGCGGCGCUGGCUAUUCGCGUGUUUGACGAGGACGUGGCCAGCGCCGACCGAUUGCUCGGCGUCGGCGAAAUUCCUUUAUCAAGGGCGUUGCUGUCCGGUGGGGAAAGAAGGUGGACCGUCGAUUUGGCCGUGGACGCCGAGGACAAGAUCGCCUUCGAUGGCGGCGCCUUGGUCGGGGGCGCGGUCGUCGGCGCGGCGGCCGGUUUGGCGACAGGAGGGGUCGCUCUCGCGGCCAUGGCCGCGGCCGGUAUAAGAGCCAACAUGCUUAAUGAUGAAAAAAAAGGCCGUCUGGAGCUCGACUUGAAGUAUGCGGCUUUUGAUACUGAUGACGAUGUCAUAAAUCUCGACGCGGACACGCGUUUAUUGCACGAGCGCCAGGACGUCGUGAGGGGCGCCUCACCGGAAGCCGGUGUCGACUGGAGUGAAAUAGCGGACGCCUCGGCCUAUGAAGCGCUAUGCUUCGUGGACCACGCGAAAACGGGCACGCAGGCGGGGCUCUGGAGGGACGCGCAAUCAAAAAAGUUAAUGGUGAGCUUCCGGGGCACGUCGGAACCGCGCGACGUGGUCACGGACGCGUCGGCGUUGAUGACGCCCUGGGCGCGCGAGGCUGAAAUGGAGCGAGAUGAUUAUGAUGAUAGCGUGCCGCUGGCCGCGGGCGACCCGUCGGUGCACGCCGGGUUCCGCGGGGCGCUGGAUUCCAUCGCCAUGCGCCUGAAGCAGCUCGUUUUGAGAGCCUGCGACGAUAGACCCGAGGACUGGGAGUUGUUAGUGACGGGCCACUCGCUCGGCGGCGCGCUGGCGACUUUAUUUGCCUUCGACGUGGCGUAUGGUAUAGAUGCUACUAGGUCGUUGCCCGUGCGGAAACCACGGUCAAAACCCUGGUUCCUCGGCACGUCUACUGUUGCUGCUGUCGCGGACGCCCCGAAAUUUUCAGCUAUCAACCUCGUGACGCUCGGCGCGCCGCGCGUCGGCGACGCGGCCUUCGCCUCACAACUCGACGUGGCCGUCCCGACCCAUUCCAGAUUAGUGAACGGCCAGGACAUCGUCGCUCGGUUGCCGCGGGGCUUCUCCUACGCCCACGGCGGGAGCACGAUCUUGGUGUCGCCCAACGCUACAAUCUGGGUCGAGGGCGAGAAUGAAGGAGAGUGCCCCCUGAAGAAGGGCGACGGCGGUUUGAGCGGCGUCGUGACGCGGCCGGCGCCGCCCGGGAGCCCCCUCGCCACGUUGUUGGACGACGCAUUGGGCGAGGCGCGAUCCGUCAAGCCCUUCGAUGUCCAGAGCGCUUUGGACGCGGCGACGCGGCUGACCCAAAAGUCCGUCAAUACGAUCCAGGGGAGCUCGUCGUCCGAAUUGCUCGGGUCCGUCGGGCUCGACUCUAAAUACGUCGAGGCCGAGCUCAAGAUGCUGUCCGCGCUCGCGUCGGGCGGCGCCCUGGACGACCACCUCGAGCCGGCCUACUUCGCGGCGAUGCUGCGAGCGGUGGCCGAGGACGCUUGAUUGAUCCCUUUUGUUUGUAAUUGCUG